AUGCCUCUCAAAACUGCUUUGCUCGUGUUAACUGUGGCGGCAUGCAGCUUCUUGGUGAUGUCUGCAACUACAAUUAGGGCAGACGGUGAUGAUAAAGGAGACAGCAAAGGGGUGGUAGCUUGUUUUAAGGCACUGCCAGAUAUAAAGAAAAGGUGUAAGCAGGAGAUUCGUAAUUUCUUCCACGCUGGGAAAUUCCAUGUGGUGAGCAAGGGGUGUUGUGCUGCGGCGGGUAAGGUGGAGUACGAGUGCUGGAUUAAGGUGCUGAAAGCCAUUGGUUUACAGCCCAAGGAUGGAAACGGAAUGCGAGACCAGUGCCACCUGCCGCUGCCUCCUGCUCCCGCCCCCGCCCCCGCCGCCGGUGCAUCCUAA